GCAUUUCCGUUGUUGCUAGAUUGCGUUGUUCUCUCGGAAAGGACUCAACAUGGUUGUUGUUGCUGUGAUCGGAGCAGGUGUCAUUGGCCUGACAACUGCGUUGAAGAUUCAGGAAUUAGGUCACGAGGUCGUUUUGAUCGCAGAGCUGUUUCCCGGCGACGCGAAGAGCACACGCUAUACCAGCAAUUGGGCUGGUGCUCAUCAUGUUAGUCCUGCCGGUUCUAACAAGAUCCAACUCAAGAUGGAACGAGACACGUUUGACGUCAUGUGGAAGAUGUCGGCACCAGAGGCACCUACCGAAAGUCUUUUCCUUAGGCUGCCGCAGACCGAGUACUACGUGGAGGGUCGGGAAGGCCCGAAUCCUCUUGCGGACUUUAUGCCUAAUUAUCGAGAACUGUCCCAGUCGGAACUUCGUCCUGGAAGCAAGACUGGUGUCACGUUCGAGACGCUCACCAUUGACACCCCGCGGUAUCUUGGGUAUCUGUACGCUCGUGUCCUCGCGCAGGGCGGUCGAUCUGUUCGGGCUCAGCUGCAACAUAUUCAACAAGUGCUGGAUGGUGCUUUCCGUCGAGUCCCGGAUGCGGUUGUUGUUUGCGCUGGUCUCGGAGCUCGGACUUUGGGAGGCGUCGAAGACAAGAACGUCUACCCGAUCAGGGGACAGACGGUCCUCAUCCGAGCACCCUGGGUUCGUUUCGGUCGGACUACCAGCAGCCUGUCCGGUUUGUGGACAUAUAUCAUCCCGCGGCGAUCAGGGGACGUGAUCUUGGGCGGUACAAAGAUUGACAAUGAUUGGUACCCCAAUCCUCGGCCGGAAACGACGCGGGAUAUUAUCGAGCGUACACUUGCCAUUGCGCCCGAGAUAGCCCCGCCGGCCGCUCGCGAAGGAGGUCGUUCACCCACUGUGGAAGAUGUGGAGUCCAUUGUGAUCGAAUCUGGGUGUGGUUUCCGGCCAGGGAGAAAAGGCGGGGUGAGGCUGGAAGAAGAUCAGAUGACGAACAGCAAAGGAGAGACAAUUCCCGUCAUCUACCAUUACGGUCAUGGCGGGUUUGGAUAUCAGGCUUCCUGGGGCUCUGCUUCCAUGGCGAUGGAAUUGCUCACCUCGGCCUUGAAGGGCGUAUCCAAGGCCGGCACAACGACCCACGAACAGUAAGAAUAAACCGAGAAAUCGAUGUCGCAUUGUAUGUGAUAAUAGUUACAAGUUGCACAAAUUGCUACAGAUAGAAAGGAUGAAUGAA